GGCAACCCGAGGACGCCUCUCCCAUCCACGCGCGAAUCCUACCGCCCUCCCACUCCCAAAAACCUAGCCGCGCGCGCCACCUGCAUCCCAUGGCGGCAACCGCGGCCGUGGCGGGGACCGGGUCGUCCCUCUCCUCGCGCCGCAGUCGCAGCGUUGUCUCCUCGUCCUUCCGCGCAGCUGCCUCGCGCUUCCGCUCGCCGAGAUGCGUGCUCGGGAGCGAGCAGCUGCGGGUGGCGCAUGAAGGGAAGCGGAUGAGCGGCGCCGAGUCCAGGACCGCGUGGGCGCCAAAGGUGCCCGCACCGGAGUCCAGGCUUGCCGCACUGCCAAGGGAGCUGCGGGACUCCAGGAUGAAGAUCUUCUCCGGCACGGCUAACCGUCCGCUCGCUCAGGAAAUUGCUGCUUACCUGGGUAUAGAACUCGGCAAGAUCCUGAUCAAGCGCUUUGCUGAUGGAGAAAUUUAUGUGCAACUGCAAGAGAGCGUGAGAGGAUGUGAUGUGUUCUUGAUCCAGCCCACAUGCUCUCCUGUCAACGAAAACCUCAUGGAGCUCUUCAUCAUGAUUGAUGCAUGCCGGCGGGCUUCAGCACGGUCUAUUACCGUUGUUAUUCCAUACUUUGGUUAUGCCAGAGCAGACAGAAAGGCUCAAGGGCGUGAACCCAUUACUGCCAAACUUGCUGCAAAUUUACUUACUGAAGCUGGUAGUGACCGUGUCAUUGUAUGUGAUAUUCAUUCUACGCAAGCGUUGGGGUACUUCGAUAUUCCUGUGGAUCAUAUAUAUGGACAGCCUGUGAUUCUGGAUUACCUGGCCAGCAAGACGAUAUCUGAAGAUCUUGUGGUUGUUUCUCCUGAUGUGGGUGGCGUUGUUAGAGCACGUGCAUUCGCUAAGAAAUUAUUGAAUGCCCGUUUAGCUAUUGUUGAUAAAAGAAGACAGGGUCACAACAUGUCAGAGGUCAUGAAUUUAAUUGGCGACGUGAAAGGAAAAGUGGCUAUCCUGAUUGAUGACAUGAUUGAUACAGCAGGGACAAUCACUAGCGCAGCGGCUUUGUUAAAGCAGGAGGGAGCAGAAGCUGUAUAUGCUUGUUGUACACAUGCUGUUUUCAGCCCUCCCGCGAUUGAAAGGCUUUCUGGAGGCGUCUUUGAGGAAGUUAUUGUGACAAACUCCAUCCUGCUGCCGGAAGACAAAUGCUUCCCUCAGCUGACUGUGCUUUCGAUGGCGAACCUUGUGGGGGAGACAAUUUGGCAUGUUCAUCGCGAUGGCUCCGUCAGCAGCAUCUUCCAAUAGCAGAAACGAGCGCGUAGCAUCGUCACCUCGUCUUGCGUUCGUGUGCUUGGUAUAGAGAAGGCACCCAGUGCCUGUGCUGCUUGCGUAUUUUCGUAGGGAGUCAAUUUUGGCGGCAAGGUAUAAUAAGGUUGUAUUGCCCGAUGUACGGGGUGAUAAAUAAGGUGGUUAUUGCCAGUGUACGUGGGAUAAUAAGGUUGUAUGCUGGUGUAGGUGUUCUGCAGGCUGCAGCGUGUUACUAAUUAAGUGCAUCUCUUGUCCUAUUAUGUAUUGCUGAGGUAGUUGUUGUCG